CACGUUGUAUGACUAGGAAGGUCGUGCGUAAUUUAAAAAUAACUAAGCAAGGAUGGUUGAGGGUCCCACUCUGUCUGUUGAGUCUGUAUUAUCUGCCAUUGAUGCUUUGUAUAUGAAUCCAGAUACAUCUAUCAAAGAACAGGCUUCAAAGUGGCUCUGUGAAUUUCAAAAAUCGGUUUUCGCUUGGCAAAUUUCUGACCAGUUGCUAUACAUGAAUAGAGAUUUAAAUUCAUGUUACUUUGGAGCUCAAACAAUACGUAAAAAGAUUCAAUGUCACUUCACUGAACUUCCAGUGGAUUCGCACGAGGGACUGAAAAACUCUCUACUUCAACACGUCCGGAAGCUUAGAGAAAACACGAGCCUACCGAUAGCAAAUCAGUUGUGCCUGGCUGUCGCAGAUUUGUUUUGUCAUAUGGUCCAAUGGAAAGAUGGAAUCAAAGAUAUUGUUUCGAAAUUGACAGAGACGGACGUCUCAUGCAGUUACUUGAUUGAUAUUUUAAAGUUUAUUCCUGAAGAGAUGAAUAGUAGUGCUCUUCGGUUAGGAAUGAACCGUCGACACGCUCUUAUGAGUCAUUUCGAGGGAAACAAACAGUUUGUGAUGGAGUUUCUGUCUCAUAGAGCAAAAUCAGAACAAAUGGUUAUCUUAGCAAAAGUAUAUAAUUGUCUUGCGAGUUGGUGGGAUAAUACUGGAGUCAUGGUGGAACAUGAUGUGCCGAUUGACCCUCUGUUGAACACUGCAUUUGCUAUCCUUCGGAAUCCCUCCACUGCUCCUGAAUCAACUUUUGAUGCCGCCUCACAGUGGGUGCUAGCACUUUUAUACCAGUGUAAGCAACUUAGCAAUUCAAACAGUGAAUUACUGCGUUGGCUGCAAGAAAAUAUUUACAGUUUAGUUAGUGUUGUGCAGGAUUGUUCUAACUCUGUUGCUUCUGCGUUAGGACCAAUUCAACAGCAAGAACAGCUUGAAGUGUACAAAGAUCGAUGUACCUGUUUGGCUCAUAUUUUCUCAUCGCUAGCCAGAACUCUACGACCUCCCUUAGUAGAUCAGCCUACCAGUCCUGGAUCUGGUGGUCUCGGUGACUUGCGUACUAUGGAGUGUAUUCUUGUAGUUCUUGAAAUGCCUCCUCCUCUUGGUAGUCGUGAAUUGGCAUCUAUUACAUUCCAUGCCUUACAUUCUUUGGCUGAUGAUGCGAUUCGACACCGGUCCCUGAGCUCUUCGGUUUCUGUGAACCAAGGCCCCUUGGAAUCCUCGGUUAAUAAUUCGAAUACUUCUACUGGUGUCACACGCCCAAUUGCAGCCCUAAUCCCUUACUUCACUCGCGUUGUUGUUGCUUUAACCAAUUACUGUCCCAGUAAUACGUCCGAUUUAGAAAGUACUGAUGAAUUAAGAGAUUUUCGGGAAGAUGUUCAUGAUCUCAUGCAAGAUAUUUUGGGUUUGGUUGGAGCUGAGGCGAUUUUUGUCGAGCUAUACAAUUAUGUUCAGAAGCUGCAAAUGUUAGCUAUGUCUGAAAAUGUACAGGCGUCGGCAUAUGAAGUACUUCGUGAGUCUGAGGCAUGUCUGUUCAUGCUCACAACUGUCGCAAAACGACUGUCUCCUCAUGAUCCUGAAGGACAUAUUUCGAAUCUGAUAUCGAAAUUAGUACUCCCAGGUCUGACAGGACCAUGUCCUCCACCUCUUCAAGAAGUUGGCUGUAUGUUAUAUAUGGAGUUGGCUCACUGGGCCGCCUGUCAUCCUCAGCUCCGACGUCAAAUCGUUAAUCAGUUGAUCGAGAUAAUCGAAAAGUCUGCUGGUGUUGAAUCUCAAUCCUUGCAGCCAGGACAAAAGCUUGCUGUUGGGGCGGCACUUUCGGCUCUCGGUUCUUUAUGUGCCGUUUAUCGUGCAACUCCAACAUCUACGCCUAAUAGAGAUGUUCCUCUCUCUUCCCCUAGUAAUCCCGAUUCUCCUCGUCUUGCUUUAAUUGACGAACAUUGGCAGGAUCUGGUCAAUCGUGUUGCCUACAAUCUACCAAGGCUUGCUUGGGUUCCUAUUCAUGAUGCUACUCAUUUUUUCUCUGGAAUUGGACGAGGCUUAAUAUGCUCUGUUGGCACAGGUGGUGGGGGGAUCGAGUUUGAUCCUCGAGCGUCUCGACAAGCUUUUCCAAUGAGAGUAGCACAAAUAUGUAGCGUCAGCUUGGAAUGCUUAUCUAAGCUGAUGGAUGGAAAUGUCCCUAUUGAAGGGUCAGAUACUCUCAGUGAUCCUCGUGUAUGGCUUGAUUAUCUAGCGGCAUUGUUUCGUACUUUCAAUUGCCUGCUACGACGUUUGGGAAAUCCAAGUUCUAGUCAAUGGGAUGCCAGAGAACGUAAUACUGUUGAUCGUUCUGCGUCUGAAAUGGUGCUUUCUGCUCAAAAGUGUUUAGCAGAAUGCUUGCAGUUAGUGAGAGACGUAAUAUGGCCAGUUGUAACCCGUGUACUAACGCAUUAUGCCUCGCGAAUGCGUCCGAUGGAACAUGUUUGUCGUCUCAUACGUUUUAUUGUGCGCUGUUUUUCUGUGCACUUACGAGAUCUCCUACCAGAACUUGCUGAAAAGAUUGUACUGUCUUACACAACCGGAGGACAACACUCAAGUUUUCUCUAUCUAACCAGUGUACUAGUUGAUGAGUUUGGGGAACAGUUAGAUUGCAGGGUUGGUUUGGUCAAUGUGUACGAGGCAUUGAGUGCUCCAACUUUGAAGUCUAUCUCUGGUUCUGGACUCAUACAGCAACCACAUACUGUGGAAGAUCUGUUUCGGUUGUGCACCCGACUUGUACAACACUGUGCAGCUGUCUUUCUCACUAGCAACAGAAUAAAUCUAAACGAACUCUGCGAUACUGCUGUCUCUUCUUUAAAUAUCUGCUGUGCUGGUCCUGGUGCUGGUUCGUCUGGUGAUGAUACACCGGACCCAAACUCAUUUAAUAAUGAUGAGUCAAAUUCAUCGUCAGCUUCUACCAGUGCAUCAGCGGCAGCUGCUCGAUUUUUCAUCGAACUUAUUAUUUUUACCAAUGAGGCCUGCGAGGAGACGCCAAUGCAGGUUUUACAGACUUUAGAUUCUGGUAGACAACUACCUACUCCGUCUUGUCAAUCAGCUUUAGCUGCUCAGAAUGUUAUUGUGUGGUUAACUUACUCCAGACCCACACAACCUAGUGACUCUAGUAAUAUGAAUGGUUGUUGUGGCGGACAACGGUUAGUGUCAGCCUUACUGCAAGCAUGUUGUCUUGGAUUAAUGGACGAACGAUUUUCGGAGAUGGCAGAUAUCUUAUAUCAUCUUAAGGUUGUUAUUAAUCAUGAGAUGUUUCUUAACUGGCUAAAGAAUGCAGUAGCUAACUUGUCGAUUAUACGUACUGAUGGUUUGGUUCAAGCCACACAAGAUCAAAUUACCGAUUUUCAAGAUGUUGUCAUGAAUUCAUCUCGAAGCUCAACAAUCGUACAUGCGCUUGACUCAUUUUCAAGACUGUUCCGAUGAAUUAUGCUUCCUGUAUACAAUUGUCAGUGUAUAGAAGUAUCCACCUUGCACUAUUUUAAAACAAGGUUUUAUUCUUAAUACAGAUUUCUUCGUUAUUAUGAACAAUCAUGACCAGUGUAUUCUGCAAACUUAUAUACAAUCGCAUUCUGAGAAUGCUUUCAAUUUUUUCAGUCUUUUUGUUCUAAUAUAUUUAGCUUUAUCAUCAUUACUACUGCGAUAGAUGACACAGAUUAUCAAGUUUCAUGGACUAAUCGUUUUUUCGAAAUACAUUGGCGAUACCGUGAGCACAUAAUAUUUGUCUUAAUAGACUACCAAAUGGAUUUUAGGAUUAGAAUAUAAACGGAGAAACUACGUUUUGGCAUCUCAUCAAACUAGAUGGUUACCAAUUUAUGAUUUGACUGCUAUUUAUAUAGGUUCUUAAUUUUAUAGUCAGAAUCUUUUUUCUAAUUAAAAUAAUCAGACUUCAUUAUUCUGGACGUAAGUUUAUCACUGACAAGCUUCUGAUUCAGAAAAAUCUAUCUUUAAGAAUGUUGGUGCACAUAUUUGAUAACAUAUUACAAUAAAUAAAUGUCUGCCAAGUUUAUAUGCUUUCUUCUGAACUAAACCCCAUUUGAGCCAUUAUUAUUC